AUGGCGCCUCUCGUCCCCUUCUUCUCCGCGGAAGCCCUCCCUGACCAUGUCAACAUCGUGACCAAGAACUUUCAAGAAGAAAAGCGUCGCAAGGGAGGUGCGAUAGAGCUUGAAAAAUGCACGCUUCUUGAGAUGGUUCAAUACUCCUGCAACCCUCCGCAAGACGGGAUACCCCAGCCAGGUGUUGUGGUUUGCAAGCCAGUGGUGCGAUUGUUCAGACGAUGCGCAGGUGGAUUGACGGCCGAGACAACCUCAUGGGAACCAAUCCGACAAGCGAAAGAAGACGCGAAGCGUGCUCUCGAGACUCGUGAUAGUGGCAAGGCCUAG